AUGACAACGAUGUUCGUCCAACUGCGCCGCAUGGUGUACCUGUUGGUACUUCUGCAGUGUUGUGCGUGUGUGGCAUAUGCGAAUGGUGAUAAGGCCUCAACAAAAUCUGAGAUAAAAAAAACUUUACAAAAAAUGAGAAAAGUGGCUGAAAUAAUAAAAGUGGAAAUAAAGGAUACAGAAGAGAAGGCCUCUUUAAUGAACAAAGCAAAGGAAGAGUGCAACGCAGCAGCUGAAAGUGCUCAGAGUGACGCGAAUAAGUGCAGAGAAUUUGCCGAAGAGAUUCAAAGUGCAUUAAAGAAUAUUGAUGAUUAUGAUACUUUUUUCACUGAGAAUGAAAAGAAAGCCGAAGAACUUGUGAAAAAGUGCACUGAUGCCGCACUAUUAGUGAAUAACAGAGCUCUUGAGGCAAAUAAAACUGCUGAUGAAGCUACUGUUGCCGCAGAUAAACUUAUAAAGACCGCUGAUGAACUGGAUAGUGCUACUACUGCAUAUGCGAAGCUCCUAGCAAAGCUCCAGAACGAAGAGGAGGAUAUAGAAGAGGACGAAGAAGAGGAUGAAAAUGUGAUCCAUAUUGAAGAAAUCAAAAUAAACAAUAAAGAGGCCGCAAAAUCAAAGGAAGACGCAUUUAGGGUGAAGAACAAUGCCACAGCCGUCAAGCACGAAGCUGCCGAUGCACAGAAACAAGCAGAAGCAGCGACUGAAGCCGCGAAGCUUCUGGAAGACGCUAUUCAAAAGGCAAAGAAUGCGGCAGAAGAAGCGGAAAAAGAUAAGGAAGCAGAACAAAACAAAGAUAAAGAGCCAGAUGAAAAUGAGAGCUCUCAGAACAACACUCCUAAGCCCAGUGAUUCAUCUGCUUCUGGAUCCUCGCCAUCGCAAGAAGAGGAAACAACUAAUUCUUCUUCUUCUUCAGCUCCAAACCAUUUGGAUAAUACACAGUUAAGUGACAGCACCAGCAGUCCUGCAUUGGUGCACAGUCCCUUAUUGCUGCUUCUUGUUUCAAUGUGUGUGCUGGGCUGCACUCUCGUUUGCUGA